AACAAAUUUUACAGAAAUGGAUAGCCGAUAUAAGGAUUUGAACUACUCGCCUUUGAUUUGUUGGAAAUCCGAAAUGCGGGUGGCUUUGGUCGUCCAAGUAUAACUGGACCGAACCUUGGUAAUGCAUCAAGUUCGUCAGGCACCACUUCUGGAACUGUACCGGAGCAGUGUUGGCAUAUCGGCGCUCAUAUUCUUUUACAAAUGAUCAGAAAAUUCCCGGAUUCAGCCCCACUCAUUGUAAAAAAACUUGCUGAAAGAUUACAGGACGUUAGUAAUGAUUCGCAAUAUAUCACAACGUUUUGCUUGAUGGUCCAGCAUAAUCCACUUAGCAUGCUGGAAUGCAAAGUUUCUUUUACCAUGUUGUUAUACAGCAUGGAAUAUCGUGGAUUAGUUUCUGCCAAACGUCUUUAUACGGGUAUCUCGCCCCUGUUUCGUUCAUCAGGUGCCUUACGUGACAGCGCCUUUCUGGUGUUACGCAAGCUACUGCACAGUUGUUUAGAGGAAGUUAGACAGGUUGCAGUAGUGGGUUUUCUAGAAAUUCUGAAACAUUUUCGUUUCUACGUCCCUACAAUCGGUUCAUCCCUCAGCCAAACUUCCAUGAGUAGUCAGGCAACAGUAGAUGUGCAUCACAGCCAAACAUCAAAUUCCAACAGAGCGUUUUGUAGUGAACUCUUAAAACUUCUUCAGUGCGCUUUGAGUCAACAAGCAUCGGUUCGUUUGACACUAUAUCAGAAUUUGCCCGAGGUUGUUUCCCGCAAUCCGGAACUUCUUCCGGAGUGCAUUAAGAUGUUGCGUUGUCAUUUAAAAUUUUUUAUUGAUCCCGAAGCUGUAGUCCAAGUUGACAUGUGCAUAACGAAGGAUGGGCACAAUUCCCACGUGAUAGAACCAUUAGGACACCUUAUUCAAGCCAUACACCAGAGCAUUUUGCGAAGUGGCAAAAUAAAUUACUUUGCGAAAGAAGAUAUCGAUCCCAAAAGCGAAGAUCAAGUAGAUCUAGGAGUUCUGCUAAUAAGAAAAGUAGUCACAAAAAUGGCCGAAUCAUCAGUUGAUGAUUACGUCGUAGGGGACGUACAGGAGCUUAGCGCCCAGUUGAAGAUCCAGACACUUUCAUCUGUUUGUAUCGCCCUCGCCGACUUCUGUCUCGCCGAAAAUGCCACCACAAAUGUAAUAGCGGCCAAACGCUUAGUCAGUCUGUACGAGAUGCAAACCCGUUUUGAUUCACUUCUCAGUGAGGUCGGAAAAGGCAAGGCUCCUAAAAGAACGAAGAAAAGGAAAGAAAACCCCAUCGAUGAAUCGCCAAUAACAGAUGACACUCCAAAAGCACCAAUGAAGAUAUUUGAAAAGUGCACUCCUAGUCUCCAAAGUAUUUCUGCGUUCAUAGGAUUUCUGAAGGACAGCAAUCAAACUAUUGCUAACGAAAAAGAGAUACUGGCGUUUUUUAAACCACAAAUUGGGUUACGACUUUGGUUCGCUCAAUCAGCGUUCAGUAAAUUUCAGGCGUUUUGCAACAGCAAAGACAUCGAGGGACUUGGCCCAGAAAGUGUGACGAAAUUCAGUGGCACUAUCGCACGUGCUCUAUUGCUCCAUUGCCAGAACACGCGACAGGUAGCGGACGAUCGUUCUUCAGCCAUGUACUGCACAGCUUUAAACUGCCUUCACGACAUUAUUCUUGGUUUCUGUAAACAUAAUCCUACCAAGCUAGGUCGCUUGUUAACGGCGAUGGAUCAAGUGGAAAGACCAGCAGCUGGAAUUCCUUUGGAAAAUCAAAUCGCAAAAACCUUGAAGCACUUAAAAGAUUUGUUAAAUCAUUUGUUGUCAGGAAGAGAAAAUGAAGAUCUCGUCACGAAAGCAGUCUUACCCAUCGUCGGAACGUUAAUCGUGCUAUCAGAUCAGUUAGACCCAGCCGGUGCUGAAUAUACAGAGCUGUUUGAUUGGACGCAUAAUCUGUGUAAAAACGUUGAAUGCAGAGAAUCUUCAAUUGCAAAACCCCUUAUAAAUCUUCUUGCUCACUUAAGCAUGGCAUCAGAAUCAAGUCCGAGCAUUUUGGAGGAGUUAGCUAAAGAAGAUCGACGAGAACGUUUAAAGAUUCCAAAUUAUGCUUAAAGAUGUCUUCCAUUAGCUGCAGUAAGCUUGGAGAAAUAUGACUUGGCUUGCUCACAGAAAUAUUUAGGUAAUCAUUAGGAAGCUCUGUUAUCUCAGUAUCAUUAGUAGCCAUUAAUUCAGCCUGCAACUCACUCUUCAAUUUUCCCCAUACCUCCUCAGUGUAGAAGUGGACCAUAUGUGUAUUAAGAAUUGGAAGAAAUAAUUCCAGAAAUGAUGAUAGCUUUUCCAAGGCACUUUGAAUAGUUAUAUGUCUCGUCUCCAUUUUAAUAAUGUGACUUCAAAAAUGUAACUGACUCUUAGCAGAGUAACUUGCAUCAACUUUAAGGACAGCACAACAAUGUUUGAAUUUGGCUCGUAGGGGAGAGUGGGGGCAAUUGAUACACUUUUUGGUUUUUUGUAUUUCUUGAAAAAAAAACUAAAAAGUUUAAUAUAAAAAUUAUAUAGAA